CAUAUAAGAAAUGUUUUUUUCUUAACAAAUUUAUAAUUAAAAAAAUUUUAUUUUUUUUUUGCGGUUUUAUAUUUGGAUUGCGUUUUUGAAGUUUAAAAAUAUAAUUAAGAAGAGAUCUGACAUCUCUCUAGUAAUUUUAUAUGGUCAAACCCUUACUUUAUUAUGCGACUUUAAGUCCACCAUCAAGAGCUGUUUUGUUAACAGCUAAAGAGAUUGGUCUAGAAUUAGAUCUACACGCGAUUAAUUUAUUGAAAGGUGAACAUUUAACACCAGAAUUCAUAAAAAUGAAUCCACAACAUACAAUACCCACAUUAGAUGAUAACGGGGUUAUUAUAUAUGAUAGUCAUGCAAUAUGUUCAUAUUUAGUUGAAAAAUAUGGUAAAAAUGAUAAACUUUAUCCAAAAGAUUUAAUAAAAAGAAGUCAAGUUGAUGCAAGAUUACAUUUUGAUUCUGGUCAUUUAUUUGCGAGAUUAAGAUUUUUAUACGAACCAAUUUUAUAUUAUGGUUCUACUGACUGUUCAAUUGAUAAAAUUGCUUAUAUUCAAAAAUGUUAUGAUAUAAUGGAAGGAUUCCUUAAGGAACAUGAUUAUCUCUGUGGAGAUGAUUUAACAAUUGCGGACUUUUGUUGUAUUGCAACUAUUACUUCGGUCAAUGAAGUUGCGCCAAUGGAUUCUUCAAAAUAUCCUAAAGUUGUGGCAUGGAUGGAACGGUUAUCGAAAUUACCAUAUUACAAAGAAUCCAAUCAAGAUGGUGCUGAUGAGUUGAAAUCAUUAUUUAAGGAAAUUUUGGCUAAUAAUAAAGCAAAAACAUCGCAUUAAAAUUCAAUGUUCAACUAUAAUUUUUAUUAAAUCUUUUAUUAAAAAAUGUAAUCAUCAUAAUAAUAAAAUAUACAUUAUACAUCUUACAGAUUA